GUCAGGCACUAGCCUCGCACCCAGCAUCAUCUCUGUGCAUGUCAAGCGCCAGAGUUCCGCGCUUUGUUCCGACGUAUGCUCAAUCACCAGCGCUGGUGACCUUAUCCAAUUCGACUCUUGCUUGCCGAACGACGCCACUUGCCUCUGCUCCACAGCAGCCAACCUCUCCCCGAGCUGUUUCCAGUGUAUCUUGCAGGAUGCCGGAGUUUCGGAAUCCCAGUGGAGUCAGACGUGUAAUGCCGCAGCUCCCACGAUUUCGGCGUUCCUACCGGCAUCCACAAAUGCAACGUCUGUCUGUGUCACACAGGAUGUAUCGAGGACCAAAAUAUGCCCGCAUAUGGCGUGUUGACCGUAAGCCCCCCUCAGCACUCUCCAGCGAACUGAGAGACCUGACGCAUCCCGGUACACAGGCUUGCGGGUUUGAAAACUCAUGCAUCUGUGCCGCUACUCAGCUGACAAGCGGCUGCCAACUCUGCGUUCUGACACAGCUGGGAAUGCACCUGGCACAACUCAACAGCAUGUGCAACUCGUCGUCUUCCACCGCCUCGGGUGCAGGUCAGAGCACCAGUACGACCACGACGAGCGGCAGCGGGGCGACGAUGACACCAGCAAGGGGUCAAACGACAAGCGACGGAACGAACGCCAUGCCAGUUGGUCUCGUAGAAGUGGUGGGGAUGAUGCUUCUCGGAAUGAUCGCACUAUUGGUGUAAUUCCCAAAGCUUGGAGGGUAUCUCUGCACAAUGAAAUUUGACUCUGGAAUUGUGAUAUGGCCUUCCUCUUUCUCUUUUUUCUUCUGAGGCAGCUAGGUAGCUACGAAGAAGACUGUAUCCGGGCUGUGUCUGUUGAUCGAAAUCUUUUCAAGUCUUGGAAUGAGUCAAAGAUAUGGACACAGCAUGCUUGAAACCAUCGUGAUUCCUCUCCCCAUCAGCAACAAUGACGGGUCACAUUCUGGAUGUUCUAUGACCAAUCCAGCCUGACCAGAAUAGCACCCCAGUCCAGACGCCAAUAGAGAUAAGACCAACCCGUAAGGGUCUCGAGUGGAAGUGUAUUUCCAAGAGAGUGUUCCAGCUUCCAUUCACUGCCGGAGAGCGUAGAAGUUACGUCAGACUGAAACAGAGCGUCAAGGAGUAGACGCUGGUGAUUACGAAGACGACCCUUGCAAACCCGAGGUUGGGUUCCUUGCUUAAAGUGGUUGGGGAUGCUCCGCCUUGCUAUGGCGGUGUUCCGAUAAAACCAGCCGAAAGGAGCGGAGGUGUCGGAGAAAUUAGAAGAGGUCGGGUUCAUGUUAGAAGUCGGAUUUCCGCCCUGUGAGAACCGGAAGCGGCAUCUCGGGUGCCGACGGUGGGCGUCUAUCCGUGAGAUGGCAGUCUGAUUAACAGGAGGAGAACCUGCUUGAGUGAUUGGGAAGCCGUCAAGCCGUUCGUCCAUAUAAUUGAC